CGUCCUGUAGCCGGAAAGCCAGGAGGAGACCGAGCAAUCAGGCUCCACGGUGCUCGGCGGGCAGUCCUCAGAUCGCUCGGAGCGGAGCCGGUGGCGCCGCCGGGGCACAGCGCACGACCCUCCGCGGCCGCCUUUGUCUGCGAGUGGUGCGGCCUGGAACCUCGGCUCUCGAGGGCGGGAGACGCGCCCGCAGCGCUCGGUGACAGCUCCUCUCUCCUGGAGGCUCCGGGACCGAGGGGCAGCCGCGCUGGGCCCUGCUCGCCCGCGCCAGCACGUCCAGUGCGCGGACCGAUGCCCCCACAGCAGGGGGACCCCGCAUUCCCCGACCGCUGCGAGGCGCCGCCAGUGCCGCCGCGCCGGGAGCGCGGGGGACAUGGGGGACGCGGGCCCGGGGCUCCCGGGGGCCGGGGGCGCGGCGUCAAGUGCGUGCUGGUUGGUGACGGCGCCGUGGGCAAGACCAGCCUGGUGGUGAGCUACACCACCAACGGCUACCCCACCGAGUACAUCCCCACCGCCUUCGACAACUUCUCGGCGGUGGUGUCGGUGGAUGGGCGGCCAGUGAGACUCCAGCUCUGUGACACUGCGGGACAGGACGAGUUUGACAGGCUGAGGCCCCUCUGCUACACCAACACGGAUAUCUUCCUGAUGUGCUUCAGCGUGGUCAGCCCUUCCUCCUUCCAGAACGUCACUGAGAAAUGGAUGCCAGAGAUCCGAUGCCACUGCCCCAAAGCCCCCAUCAUCCUGGUGGGAACUCAGUCGGAUCUCCGAGAAGACGUGAAAGUCCUCAUUGAGCUGGACAAAUGCAGAGAGAAGCCGGUGCCCGAGGAAGCAGCGAGGCUGUGUGCCGAGGAGAUCAAAGCCGCCUGCUACGUGGAGUGCUCAGCCCUGACGCAGAAGAACCUCAAGGAGGUCUUCGACGCGGCCAUCGUCGCCGCCAUCCAGUACUCGGAUGGUCAGCAGCAGCCAAAGAAGUCCAAAAGCAGGACUCCGGACAAGAUGAAGACCCUGUCCAAGUCCUGGUGGAGGAAGUACUGCUGUUUCGUGUGACGCUGGCACCGUUGUCGAGUGAAGUCGAUGCUGGACGAAGCAGGCGCUGAAAUGAGCCCUUUCUCCAUGGGCGCCUGUGCGGAGAACAUGUGUCACUGAGCCAUUCCCCAUGGACGUGUUCUUUCUUGCCUUAGAUUUUCUUGUAGUUUGAGCUUAGGGAUGAGACUCUUCUGCAACAUAUUUUUGAAGUAAGUUAAGCAUUUAUCAUAACUUUGGAAAUUUAGAGCUCCAGACCUUUGGAUAGAUUUACAUCUAAUCUGAAAAAUUUGCCUCUCAUCUGAGCAUCAGGAACGAUUCUGCUGCAUUGUAAUGUGUGGAAGGAUAUGCUGCAUCCUCGCCAGGCAGCCGCCGAUUGCAGCAUUCAGCUUACAACCUCCAUGCUUUUUAUUCUCUUUUUAAGGAGCAAAACUCAGAAAGAAAUUAGAGACCUCUGCCUACAAAACCUCAAACCAGUCACUUUUGUCAUAUACUGACACUCGAUUGCAUAAGAUUUAAAAACCAACAAAAACAUCCCUCUAAGCCUAUGGCACUGUGUAGACCAAAAAGGAAAAGUUGUGUGUUAGAAUUUCUCAGUCUGGGGGCAGUUGUGUUGACACUGUGUAAACAUGGUACUGUGCAGACAUGCGAGUGGUCCACCUGUGGCACUUUCAUUUUCUUUAUGGAGUGACACGUUCAGAUCAGAGUGUGAAGUUUGCUGUUAGCGCCCUGUGCGCCAGACCCCUGGAAAUUAUAGCCCAGGGAGCACCGCCUGAAUUGCCUAAGCUCCCACACUUAAGUUAUGCUAUCUGCCGGGUGUGAGUACUUGACAGGCCCGCAGCAAGCGUUUGUGGGACACAAAAUGUACUUUUUUCAAAGUCAGCCAAAACAGACUUCUUGUACACACACGUGUAUAUCCACAUGGCUGCAUUUGCUGCUGAUUCAGACUUUUAAAGAGUGAAUGGGGAAAAGCAUGACCACCAAAACAGGUGUGAGGGAAGCGUGGCUUCCUCUUUUUGUUAACACUUUUUGAACAGAUUUCUUUUUACACCCUCGAUAUGAUUUUCAGUGUAUCUGAACACAUUUUUGAGACCAUCUUAAAACAAAACAUGAACCUUUCUUAAAACCUGUUUUAAAAUCUGUUAAAACAACCAGUUAAGUCCACAGGUGUCUAUUAGAGGACUGGCGGCAAAGAACAGCACCGCGUGUCAUGGGCCAUGGCGUCCACUGUGGCCGUCCAGGAGCACGUUGUGUGCGGGAAGCACCACUCCCUCGCUCAACUGUGUCCUUCCUUUCAGGCAGUUAGAAAGCCCCGUUCUUCACGGUGGAGUCUUAAGGCCGCCUGGAGAGUGCCACUGCCACAGCAGGAGAGUGGCCCUGCUUGCGAUGGUGCUUAGAGAUACCAAAGGUCGCCUGAGGCACUGUGACGUCAAGUUUGCCCUGGGUGAAGCACAUUUACCAAAAUCGGUUCAGGGGGGAACCUGUGGAGCCAGUGGAUGGAAGACUUAUCUUUCUGUGGGUCUUGUGUUGUCGCUUUAUGUUUGAAAAAAAACAAUUUGUGUUUUUCCAUAGAGAAAGUGAAAGAUUAGGUUAUAUUUCAGGCUCGGGGCUUCUUUGAUUUCUGAUAGUAAAUAAAAUUAACUAAUUUCUUGGCUUAAAAACUAAAAUACAUAGACUGUUUAUUAUUUAUUUUUCAAUACAUUGAAAUUGAUAUCAGUCAUAAUUUCCUGAAGUGUUUAGUUAUAACCUGAGUGAAUAAAAUGACUUCAUUUGUGAAAAUGCCCCAAACAGACAUAAUGAAGUACGCCCCAAGCCUACAUGCCUUCUGUUGGAAGCAGCUUCCUGGCCUGGGCCCCGCCUAACCCCAGUGGAGCAAGACUGAUUUGACUGGGAAGUAGUUUUAAACAGUAUUUUUAUAUUUAAGCCAAUGUCAUGGAGUACACAGCAAAUUACUUUUUAAGAAAGAAAACAAAACUUGAAAGAAGUCUGAUG